AUGUCAAGUACUAUAUUUUACAAGUUCCGGUCGCAAAAAGGCAGUUCAAGGAUUCUAUUUGAUGGGACGGGGAUAACUGUCUUCGAUUUGAAACGAGAAAUAAUACAGGAAAAUCGACUGGGAGACGGAACAGACUUCCAACUCCGUCUUUACAAUCCUGAUACUGGUGAAGAGCUAGAAGACGACGCUCAUGUUAUUCCACGGUCUUCAAAUUUGGAAGUAAGGCGAUCGCCGGCGAUUAAAGUUAAUGGUAUCAAUGGAAGGGUUUCUUUGGGAAACGCGACCCGCUACAUCACAGGUAAGCCCAGAGUUGUCAAAAACACGACUACAGCUUCAGCAGCGAAUAUUCAAGUCUCCACGAAAGGAAUGAAUGAAGAAGAUGCAAUUGCUAGCAUGUUUGCCAAUCAAGAAAGUCAAUGGCAACAAACACAACAAGAAAUGUCAGGAGCGACCCCUGUUUUCCAUAAACCUGGUGGAGCCGCGGGCCAAGAUGAUGGCCCCCCGCCUCCAGGAUACAUGUGCUAUCGUUGCGGUGGUAAAGAUCACUGGAUUAAAAACUGUCCGACAAAUUCGGACCCUAACUUUGAAGGAAAGAGGAUACGUCGAACUACUGGUAUUCCUAAAAAAUUUCUGAAGUCUGUCGAUGUAGAUCCUUCAAGUAUGACUCCUGAAGAGAUGGCACAGCGUAAAAUCAUGGUUACAGACGAUGGCAGUUUUGUUGUUCAAGUCGCAGAUCAGCAUUCCUGGGAAGACUAUCAACGCAAACAGCAGUCGCGCGCGAUGAACCAAAAUGAUAGCAUAUGGGCCAAGGGCCAUUUCUCAGAUCUACCCGACGAUUUGAAAUGCACCAUUUCAGGCGGUUUGUUGAAAGAUCCCGUUACAACAAGUAAGUGUUGUAAGAAGCACUUUUCGCGACAACCUCUAGAAGAUCUUUUGGUUGAAAACGACUUCCUGUGCCCCGGUUGCAAUGCGGAAGAAACGUUGCUCGAUUCUCUAGUCCCCGACAAAGAGAAAGAGGUUCAGGUGCAAAAAUUCUUAGACGAGCAUAGUGUAAAGCGCAGUAGCGAGGACGACGAAACUGGUGUGCUGAAAAAACCCAAUGUUUCCAUGCCGGUACCUCCAUUUGGUAUGCCUUUCCCCAUGUUCCCCAUGCCCUUUUUACCGAACAUGAACACCUCUAAACCAUCCUGA